CAGGUGAGUCAGCUGUCGGCUCUGGUUCAGGCUCAGGUGGAGUAUCAUCAGCAGGCUGCUGAGAUCCUGCAGCAGCUCUCCAGCAAGAUAGAAGACAGGAUAAAGGAGAUGUCCAACAAACCCCGGAAGGAGUACAUCCCCAAACCCCGCAUGGAGCUUCAACUGCCCAGUGAGAAUCACGACGGAGGAAUAAACUCUGCAAAAUCUCCUGCACGCUCACCAGCUCCGUUGGAUCAGCCGUGCUGUCGCGCGCUGUACGACUUCAAGCCGGAGAACGAGGGCGAGCUCGGCUUCAAGGAGGGAGACAUCAUCACUCUGACCAAUCUGAUCGACGACAACUGGUACGAGGGCAUGAUCCACGGCCAAUCAGGGUUCUUCCCCAUCAACUAUGUGGACAUACUAGUGCCUCUGCCUCACUAGGCUCCGCCCACCCCCGCUGUUGCCUAGCAACCCAACAGCUGCCUUUAUCGUGCAUCUGUGCUACAGCUUCACUUCCUGUUCCUGUCGAUCAGUGACUCGGAGGAUUAUGAUGAUGUUGAGGAGGAUUAUAGACAUUACGGAGUCCCGUCUGAGUGGAGAAACAGUUCAAGUGCUCAGUGUGUGUGAGUGUUUGCGAUCCUGGACUCUUCGUUUAUAUUGUUUUUCUUGUGUUUCAGAUGAUUUAUUUGUACUUGAUUGACGUAAGGGAACGAGCGCUUCACUCUUCUGAUAAACCUCACUUAGUCCAGCUCUAUCCCAGCAUGCUUAUAGGAAAGUUCUGGAUCUCCAGAUGUGUGUUUGAUUGCGCCGCUGCUCUCUCUUCGUCACACACGUUAAAUCUUUUUCUCCUUGCUAAGCAGCGAACAACAAGAUGCUGUUGUGAUUGGUUAAUUUUAUUGCUUGCUGAUGCAUUUUGGCUUUGGCUCAGAACAGAAAUGUUGCUCCUGUGCUGCAAAAGUGUUUUUUUCCUCAGUAUUUUUGUAUUGUU